CAUUCGUACGCCAUUUGUAUCCAGAAAGUUUGUUGCCACCAAACGCUGAUGGAAAAGCCACAUUCAGAUCCAGCUCAGUACUUGAAGGAUUUCUUAUUUAAAGAGAAAAACCAGGGACUAUUAUCCCUGUUGAGGAAAGUGAGGGACGAGAUUGGAGGUGGCCUUGCACGAUCAAAUGUUUUCUUCGUUCGUGUGAAAGCAUCAAAUGCCAAUUCUCGUGUUUGUUUCAGAAAAGCUACAAUUGAUGCUGAAGUACAUCGAAAUAAUUCUAAUUUAAAGAUCAUCGCACCAUUUGCUAUAUUUUUUAUACGUGGCUAUGCCACACUGGCAGGGUUUUUGGACGAAAGGAAUCCGACUGCACCACAGAAUGUAGCCGAAUGUCAGGCCCUUCAGGAUUUGUUGCAGUUUCUUCUUGCAAACAUCAGUGAGCAGUCAGUUCUUACAGAGAAUAUAAAGGCUAAAAGUGCGGGAGAAUUGGAGGCAGCAUUAGCAGUUAGAGUUGCACAGCAUUUAUUUGUACCCCUAGCACCACAUAAAACCUUUAGGAUUGAUUCCUAUCCUGGCCUGGAAUUGACAGGAUGUUGUUCAGGUGAACAUCCAAUGAAUGGGGAUAGGGGAGAUACAUCCUUUGGUUGCCGCAAGGGCUGGCAUGGCCGUGCUGAUAUCUUAAUAGGUGAUGAAAUACCAGUAACUGUUGUAGAAACAGGAGGAGAUGUAGGAGAUCCAGGAGGAGAUGUAGGGGAUCGCGAUUGUGUUUCUUUGUGUUCAGAUUCAUCAGCUGAAAUAAAAAAAGGUGAAAAUUUCACGCCAAGUAGCUUAUCACAAAUAACAGCACAGACAAUAGUUUAUUCAUUUAUACAAAAAGGGAAGAACCCAGAAUCAGUUAAUUCAGUGGUUCCUGGAAUAGGGAUUUGUUCAAAGAAGUUGAUUAUAAGUAUGUAUGAUUGUGUAGAUGAUAUUCUAGUAUCGACUGGACCUAUUGAUCUUCAUGCGCAACUUGGUAGCUACUGUAAUUUGAACCUUAGAGCUAUCAUAAUACUCUGGUUAGCAUUAAACCAUGAUUUGUUUGGUAAUAAAACUCCGAAGCAAUAUACAAAAUAUACUGCUGACUUUCACAAAGUGCUGAGUCCAGGACAGCUUGAGGCAUAUAUGAAUGAAUCAGAGCAGCCUUUCAAUGAACGGUUAGAUGAGAAUUAUCCUGAUAAGUAUUUUAACGACUUGAGUGAGGAGGCUUCUUGUUAUUUUGAUGAUAUACUUCAACAUAUGACAUCAACAUUUCCAUCUGUUUCCCUGAAAUAGUUACAGUUGUGUAACCUUUCCUAAAGGUAGUCAAUUGACUUUGAAUCUAUAAUUAUGAUUAUGUUUCCUUCCCAAGAUCUGAGCUGGGAUGACUUACAGUUUGUUAUUUCACUUAUUUAAGCUACUGGUAUCUUGUAUGCAGACUAGCCUUUGGUUUGUUUCACAUGCACAUUUUCUACAAAAUCAAUAGGCUGGGGAAUCUCACAAUUCUGUGUUCAAGCACACUGUAAACUGUGUUUUAAACAAGUGAAAUAAAUCACAAAUUCAUUAUUCUACUUAGGUAGAAUUCUGAUAUUUCUGCUAACCUGAAGAGUGUUAACAUAUGCAUCAGAUGAUGUGACUUUAAGUUUAACCAAAUGUGUUGCAAAUGUGUUGCAUACAUCAGCAAAGAGACUAAGCAGGAUUUUCAGUGGUUCACCUAUCCAUAGGGGAUCACUUUCCCUGAAAAAGGAUUUCAUUUUCAAUGUCUGUUUUCAUUAUUGAGGAGCCAUCGGCUUAGUUCUCCAAUUUGUUCAAACCAUCUGUGUCCAGUAUGAUAACUGAUAAGUCUAUGGAAGGACAAAUCUGUCUAACCCCACAAUACAGCUCAUUAUUCUAUAUCUAUUUUAUUUAUCCAAUCGUGAAUGUUUAUUUGCAACACGUGACCGUAAAUAUAUUACCGUAUUGGACGCACGUGCGUACCAAAAACCUGUAUUUUUAGCUCAAGGUGAGCUUUUGUGAUCGCCCUGUGUCCAUCGUCCGUCGUCAACAAUUUGACUGUUAACACUCUAGAGGUCACAAUUUUGGCCCAAUCUUAAUGAAGCUUGUUCAGAAUGUUACCCUCAAUAAAAUCUUGGACGAGUUCGAUAUUGGGUCAUCUGGGAUCAAAAACUAGGUCACCAGGUCAAAUCAAAGGAAAAGCUUGUUAACACUCUAGAGGUCACAAUUUUGGUCCAAUCUUAAUUAAACUUGGUCAGAAUGUUACUCUCGAUAAAAUCUUGGACGAGUUCGAUAUUAGGUCAUCUGGGGUCAAAAACUAGGUCACAAGGUCAAAUCUAAGGAAAAGCUUGUUAACACUCUAGAGGCUACAUUUAUGACUGUAUCUUCAUGAAACUUGGUCAGAAUGUUGACCUUGGUGAUCUUUAGGUCAGGUUCGAAUCUGGGUCAUGUUGGGUCAAAAACUAGGUCACCAGAUCAAAUCAAAGGAAAAGCUUGUUAACACUCUAGAGGCCACAUUUUUGACUGUAUCUUCAUGAAGCUUGGUAAGAAUGUUAAUCUUGAAGAUCUUUAGGUCUGGGUCAGGUGGGGUAAAAAACUAGGUCACCAGGUCAAAUCAAAGGUAAAGCUUGUUAACACUCUAGAGACCUAAUUUUAAGUUUGAAACCCAUGGGAAUUGAUCAGAAUGUUCGUCUUGAUGACCUCUAGGUCAGGUUCGAAUCUGGGUCAUGUGGGGUCAAAAACUAGGUUACCAGGUCAAAUCAAAGGUAAAGCUUGUUAACAAUCUAGAGGUCGAAUUUAUGACUGUAUCUUCAUGAAACUUGGUCAGAAUGUUAAUCUUGAUGAUCGUUAGGCCAAAUUGGAACCUGGGUCAUGUUGGGUCAAAAACUAGGUAACCAGGUCAAAUCAAAGGAAAAGCUAGUGAACACUCUAGAAACCACAUUUAUGACCAUUUCUUUAUGAAACUUGGUCAGAAUGUUAAUCUUAAUGAUUUUAAGGUUAAGAUCCAAUCUGGGUCAGAUGGGGUCAAAAACUAGGACGCCAGGUCAAAUCAAAAGUAAAGCUUGUUAACAAUCUAGAGGCCACAUUUAUGACUAUAUCUUCAUGAAACUUGGUCAGAAUGUUAAUCUUGAUGAUCUUUAGGUCAAGUUUGAAUCUGGGUCAUGUGGGGUCAAAAACUGGAUCGCUAGGUCAAAGUAAAGGAAAAUCUAGUUAACACUCUAGAGGCCACAUGUAUGACCAUAUCUUAAUGAAACUUGGUCAGAAUGUUAAUCUUGAUGAUCUUUAGGUCAGUAGGUCAGGUGAGCGAUACAGGGCCUUCAUGGCCCUCUUGUUUCCGUAUUUGGACGGUUCAACAGUCCCAUGUUAAACAUACGAUAAAGGCCAAAAGGCGUGAACAUUUUCCAAAUGUGAAGCGGGUGAUGUAGGCACUCUAUGUACACAGUUUAAUUAUGCGUCUUGAAAUCAGAAAAGGUAGAAAUACAAUAUUCAGUGAAUCAUUUUUAAUUUUAACUGAAAUAAAAUAGAUAUAGAAUAAAAAGGUUAUUUAACAUUGUACUGUACAAUAUGAGAUAUAUUUGGACUCAUACCCAGCCUAGCGGCUUGUCCAAUAUGGUUUUCUCAGCUGGG